AUGCUGCUGAACCUUCUUGCUCUUCGCCAAUACCAGCAACAAUCGGCCACUGCAGUCUUCUUCCAAAAGUUCAUAGCUUCCGCCCUCUCACCGCUCACAUCCCAAUCUCCUCCGUCCGCUCCGACACCGAGUCGUUCAUCUACUCCUCCAGAAACAGCGGCCAUGGCCCAGCCUCUCCGCAAACUCCGCGUCGCCGUCUCUGGCCUUGGCCGCAUGGGCGCCCGUCAUGCUCAGCACUUCCUAGGCAAAACUCCACGAGCCUCCCUCAUCGCCGCCUGCGACCCCAGCCCCAAAUGUCGCGCUUGGGCUGAGACCCAUCUGGCACCCUUCGGCGUCAAUGUCUACAGUUCUUUCGAGGAGAUGUUGGCCAAGGAGGACAUUGACGCCGUUGUCAUCGCCACCAUCACCACCAUCCACGCGGAGCAGGCAAUCCGAGCUAUCGAAUUGGACAAGCACGUGCUGUGUGAGAAGCCACUUUCCACCAGUGUUGAAAUCAGCCAAAGCGUCUUGGAAGCCGCAAGACGCAAACCUCAUCUCAAAGUGCUGUGCGGCUUCUCACGACGCUUCGAUGCGUCCUACCGGGACGUAGCUGCACGUGUCGGCAAGGGAGACAUCGGCGUCCCGAGCAUCAUCCGCUCUCAGACCUGCGACAAGCUCGACCCCUCAGGCUUCUUCGUCGACUACGCCCAGUAUUCCGGCGGGAUCUUUGUUGACUGCAACGUCCACGACAUUGACCUCACACUCUGGUACUUUGGCGCGGACAGCAUGGUGAAGUCCGUCGCUGCCUUCGGGAUCACAGCCGUCCAGCCCGGCCUACGCAAAUGGGGCGACGUGGACAAUGGCGUCGGCAUCGUCGAGUUCUGGAAUGGCAAGAUUGCGUACUUCUACGGCAGCCGGAUGAUGGCGGCAGGGCAGCACGACAUGACUGAGAUCAUAGGUACGGAGGGGAAGAUGGUGGUGAACGGCAACCCGCAGCAGAAUCUGGUCGAGAUGCACGAGAGUAUUGGAGUGAGAAGAGAAAUCCCGGGCGACUACUUCGGCCGGUUCGGGGAGGCGUUCGUGACCGAGGCGAAUGAGUUUACCGAGUGCUGUCUGGAAAACAAGCCGUUGCCGUUUGGACUGGAGGGAGCGGUCAAGGCGGUGCAGAUUGGAAGUGCGCUGCAGGAGAGUUUGCGAAGUGGGAAGAAGAUCGAGUUUGACGAGAGUGGGAGGAGGAUUGGUGGUGAAGAGAAGGUCCCGAGGGCUAAGCUCUAG